UGGGCGUGGCGAGGGCGUGGCCCAGGCUUUCGGAGCUGCUGGCGGCGCCGUCGGGGCAGCCUCGGCCUGAGCCUGCUCCUGGUCUCCUCCGGGGCAGUCGGCGGGGCUCCCGGCGGCGGAUGGGAUGUAGGCUCCGGGGCGAGUGCCAGGCGUCGGCGUGGGCGUGGCGGUGCCCGAGGGCGUCCCCGGCGGUGGUGCUGCUGCGGCCGGCGAUGGGGGCCCUGCUGCUGGGCUCCUUCCUGCUGCUCUGCCUGGGAGGGAGCCCCGCCGUCGGGGGAGGCAGGCAGGGCCAGCCCCGGGGGGGCCUCCUGCUGCUGCUGCGGAGCCCGGCUUUGGCCGCCCCCCCGGAGCCCCUCCGGAGCCCCCUCCCCGUCGGAAGGAGAGAAGGCGAGGAGGAGGACAACGAGGAGGAGGAGGAUGAAGGGGACGAAGAGGAGGGCGAGGAGGGACGGGGCCCCGAGGGAGGCAGCCCCUCCGCGGGGGCUUCGCCCGGGGUCAGCGGAGGCGUCGGGGCCAAGCGCUUCCCGCAGGCGCUGAUCGUCGGGGUGAAGAAGGGCGGCACCCGGGCCCUGCUCGAGUUCCUCCGCCUCCACCCCGAAGUCCGGGCCCUCGGAGCAGAGCCCCACUUCUUCGACAGGCACUUCCCCAAAGGACUGCCCUGGUACAGAAAUCUGAUGCCGAGGACCUUGGAAGGCCAGAUUACCAUGGAGAAAACGCCCAGCUACUUUGUGACCAAGGAAGCCCCCAGGCGCAUCUACAACAUGUCCAGGGACACCAAGUUGAUUGUGGUGGUGCGCAACCCGGUGACGCGGGCCAUUUCAGACUACACACAGACCCUUUCCAAGACGCCCACCCUCCCCAGCUUCCAGGCAUUGGCCUUCAAGAACCUCAGCACCGGACUCAUCGACACAACCUGGAGUGCCGUGAGGAUUGGCAUUUACGCCAAGCAUUUAGACAACUGGCUGCGGUAUUUCCCCUUGUCCAAAUUCCUCUUUGUCAGCGGGGAGCGGCUGGUGAGCGACCCGGCCGGGGAGAUGGGCCGCGUCCAAGACUUCUUGGGUCUUGAGCGGGUGGUGACAGACAAACACUUCUACUUCAACGAGACCAAGGGUUUCCCGUGCUUGAAGAAGCCCGAAGGGAGCAGCCGGCCCCGGUGUUUGGGGAAAUCCAAGGGGCGGCCGCACCCCAAAAUUGACCAACAAGUCAUCCGGCGGCUGCAGGAGUUCUACAGACCUUUCAACAUGAAGUUCUAUCAAAUGACAGGGCAGGAUUUUGGGUGGGAUUGACGGAGAGACGUCUUUGCACAAAAGUGGGGACAUUGACCAUGCUCCAAGGUGAGGUGUGGGGAGUCCGUUGGCCCAUUUAGCAGCCCCACAAGCCAGAUCCUGCUCCCCUAGACCCAGUAUGAGCUGGAGUGCCUGCAAUUCCAGGGCGGGGACUUCUGGAUCUGGGAUGUAUCGGCUCCUUUCUAAUUUAUAUCCCCUCUUGCCAGGAAGAGAGAGAUGCACUCUUCGCUGAGGAGAGAGAAAAGUAUUUAAGAUAUGUCCAUUGUUGUUGUUUUUAAAGUCAGUGACAGCAAAAGGAGAGUAACUAUGGGGAGCUCUGGUGCAACGAAUUUUCUUCCAAAUAAACCUGGCUAAUAUUGAUUGGGCA